GGGCUGGGGGGAAGGGAGUGGUGCGGCGAGCCCAGAGCCCGGAGGAUGAGGACGCCCUAGCCCGAGCGGCUCCUCGCUUACAAAGCAUUGCGCAACAGGCGGCCAGGGCUCGAGGAAGGAGGCGGAGGAGGAAGAGCUGGAGGAAGGAGGGAGGGCGGUCGGGGCUGCUGCGUGCAGAAACAGCAGCUGCGGGGACUGUCGGGGAGAGGAGGGCGGGGCCGCAGCGGCUAUAAAGAGUCCCUCGCCAGCCAGCGCCGGACAUAAACAAACCUCGCAGCCUGCGCGCACGCUUACUCCGCUCACCCACGCUUUCGGGCUCGAGUUCUGUAGCUGGACACAAGACUAGGGCGCGGCUGAGUAGCCCCCUUGGACCUGCGCUCUUAUCUUCCAAUCAUCUCCCCCCCAGUCUGGGACCAUGUCGAGGGACCUCCAGGAUGUGGACCUUGCAGAGGUCAAGCCUCUGGUGGACAGAGACGAGACCAUCACUGGCCUCCUGCAAGAGUUCGAUGUUCAGGAGCAGGACAUUGAGACUUUGCAUGGCUCAGUCCAUGUCACCGUAUGUGGAACCCCGAAGGGGAACCGUCCUGUCAUCCUCACCUAUCAUGACAUUGGCAUGAACCACAAAACCUGCUACAACCCUCUCUUCAAUUCGGAGGACAUGCAGGAGAUCACCCAGCAUUUUGCCGUCUGCCACGUGGAUGCUCCUGGGCAACAGGAUGGAGCAGCAUCCUUUCCUGCAGGGUACAUGUAUCCCUCCAUGGAUCAACUGGCUGAAAUGAUUCCUGGAAUUCUCCACCAGUUUGGACUGAAAAGCGUGAUUGGAAUGGGAACCGGAGCUGGUGCCUACAUCUUAACUCGUUUUGCUCUGAACCACCCGGAGAUGGUGGAAGGACUCGUCCUCAUCAACGUGAACCCUUGUGCAGAAGGGUGGAUGGACUGGGCAGCAACCAAGAUCUCUGGUUGGACCCAAGCUCUUCCGGAUAUGGUGGUGUCUCAUCUGUUUGGGAAGGAAGAGAUGCAGAACAACAUUGAGGUGGUGCACACCUACCGUCAUCAUAUCAUUAAUGACAUGAACCCGAGCAAUCUCCAUCUUUUCAUUAAUGCCUACAACAGUCGCCGGGAUCUAGAAAUCGAGCGCCCUCUCCCAGGAACCAGUGCUGUUACUCUACAGUGCCCUGCAUUGUUAGUGGUUGGAGACAAUUCACCUGCGGUGGAUGCUGUGGUGGAGUGCAACUCUAAACUGGAUCCAACCAAGACCACACUCUUAAAGAUGGCCGACUGUGGAGGCCUGCCACAAAUUUCUCAGCCUGCCAAGCUUGCAGAGGCUUUCAAGUACUUUGUCCAGGGCAUGGGAUACAUGCCUUCUGCAAGCAUGACCCGCCUCAUGAGGUCCCGCACAGCCUCUGGCUCCAGCGUCACCUCCUUGGAAGGCAAUCGCAGCCGCUCCCACACCAGCGAGGGUACCCGAAGCCGCUCCCACACCAGCGAGGGCACCCGAAGCCGCUCCCACACCGACACCCGCCUUGAGAUCACUCCCAAUUCUGGGAGCACUGGGGACAGUGCUGGGCUCAAGUCCAUGGAAGUCUCCUGUUAGACAAGGACCCCCUUCGGAGCCCAGUACUUCCCUCCUGGCUCUGAAUCGAACUGUGUUUUAAGUAGCUGCCUCCUUUCCCUCCUUUCCCAGCCCCACAUCCCACCCCUCCUAUAUCACACUGCACAUAACUUGGUAUUAAUCCAAAGCUUAUUUUUUAAGAGUGAGCUCUGGUGAGAACAAAGUGAGGUGGAUUGAGGGAGAGCCAUUUUGAUGUUGGUGGUGUUGGAGUGUGGAAAGAUAUGGGGACCGGUCUAAAGCAAGCAUCCAGAGAUAGGUCUCUUGAUUAAAUUGUUCGCAAAGUUCUGGUUGCUGCUGUCUUCUCUCACUCACAUCAGACUUGAAGGAGGCGUUUUGCGCCCCCCCCCCAAAAAAAAAUAGGAGAAGAGAAAAACUUGUGUUUGAAAAAACAAACCUUCAGGCUGGCCUGAUUAAUGAAAAGUCCAGGUCAGUGGUGGAGCCCAUCUGCUAACUUGUGUCUCUUUACAGCAAAAGGAAAAACUGACCCAGUUUAUAAUAUAAGCAACACUAUUUUGAUGUAAGGAGGGAGAGUCCAGUGCAUUGUGGGUGGCUUUUUUUUUUAUAAUGAGGGAAAAUGGUGAAGCUCACAUUUAUGCUGAUGGGUUUUUGUUUUUGUUCUUUUUUUGCAAACUCAAACUAUCAUAAUUGUAGAUACUUUAAAUUUACAUUGUGCAUUUAUAAGCCUCUUAAUUUUGAAGCAUAAAAACCCAUUUUCUUCCCAGCUAUUAACAUUCAAUUAAAAUAGCCAAUGUAAACACGAGGCUUUAAACGCAAUGAUAUCAAUGGGUUUCUGGUGUUUCAUGUUUGUGAGAUUUCAGCCUUGCCUCACCUCUCCUUAGAACAUGGUGAGGAACUUUUUUUCCUUUGAUUCCCACCUUACUUAAAAGGAAUUUUCAUUCUUUGGAGAUAUCACAGGGAAGAGUUUCAUGUCUUAGGCUGAGAGUUCUGCUUCUCCUCCCUGGUCCUCAGUUUCUUCAUCUGUGAAAUAAUGAUCUCUAAGGUCCCUUCCAGCUCUGAUGUUCAUUGUUUUAAUACCCCAUGCUUCCAAGCCUCUUCCAGCUCGAAUAGUCUGUUGUUCUAUGUUCUAAGAAAUUUUCGAGCCCUCUUGACAGUCAGUUCCAUGCUUUUCUAUCCAAAGACCCUUCCAGCUUGAACAUCACUGAUUCUACAAUUUUAAUUUCAUUUAUGCAAAUAACAGGGAAGAGAGUUGCUGUAGUAGCUAAUCUCUCUGGGGCAUAGGGGCCUGUUAAUCCAACCAUACCUAAAAGGUGGGUGCCUGCCAGAAGGGGAGGUCACUACUACAUUGAACAAAAGGCAGCCCCGUGCAGCUCCUUGAAAAGGAGUAUCGUUGUCUAACAUCAGCUGGGCUAAAGAAAGCAACACCACCAUCCCCAUCCCUUACCAAAUAAUGAUAACACCACCACUCUGGAAACUUGUGUCCUGAAAUGAAUUUGCCUCUCAAUUCUGUUGUAAAGAGUAAGUCUUAGAAUGAUGGCAUGACCUUUAAAAAGAUAGCUGUGAAUUUUGACUUUGGCUUAAUGUUGUUACAUGUUUAGAACCAUUUCCUGAAAAGUGGGCAUUUGGUCAAGUGAUGGGUAGAGAGAACCCUUCGGGAGUGGGGGUCGGGUGCUGGGAGCUGAUAAGUUGUAAGGAUUCUGGAAUUUCUGCAUUUUUUCAAUGAACUCUCCCAUCUUUUUGGGGAAAGCAUUGGUAAACAAAGCAACCCAUUCUGAUCGUAUUUCAUGGACUGCUGCCUUUUGGACUUGUGCUUUAGCUAAUUAAUGAAUUUUCCUAUUGGAAGGAUGUUAAUUGCAAAUCUGCCUUUGGGGGCUGAUGACACCCAAACAUUUCAGAGUUGGUGAGGGAGGCAGAAGUAGCUGAGAACCGGAGGUGGGGACAAUGUGGUGUCAAGUCUUGCCAGAAAGGUUUCUUAAUGAGAUAUUUGUAUUUAUUUCCGGACCAAUAAAUUUGUAACUUUGCA